AUGCUCAGUUUGGGUGCACUGCUACAAGUUUUUUUUUCUUUGGAGAGUGCAUGUUAUCAGCACAUGGCCAAUCAGGGCUGUCCAUACAGAGGGUCAGGGGUUAUGCAGCCUCAUAGGACAAUCAGGGGAGAAUGAAAACUCCUCCUACUUUACCCAGUGCUCUGCUGAACACUGAUAGAAGUCACAAGGAUGCUGUAACUGCUGAUGAGAAAAGGUAUUUUGCAGUUUAUAUUUACUAAAAUAAUUGCACUUCCAUGUUCUGUGUACUGUGGGAGGCCAGAUAUAGUGAAUGCAGGGUCCUGGG